GCCUGCGCUGGGGACUGCCGGCCGGCGCCGGGGACCGGAGGGGGCUCUUGGGCCGCGACAGCAUGUGACACUGCCCAGGUGGGUGCCCUCGUCCCUGCGCAGCUCCUGGCUCCGGGCGGCUGGAGAGCCCGGCGGAGGAUUCAGCCCUGAUGGAGGAUGAGGAGCCCCAACAUGGAGCCUCAACUUCUACCCCUGACAUAGCGGAAUUCGAUGCUAUCCCUGAAGCUCUUAUGAGAAGCAGCCAAACCCUUGCCUUGGGGCCUGAAGCUCAAGAAGGCCAGGACCCAUCCUAUAAGUGGGCAGAGGGACGCAGACUCUUGGAGACCCAGCAGAGAGAUUUAAGUGAUGUGAAUGACUAUGCAACAGAGAGUAUGAUUUCUUUCCCCAAGGAAGCCUCUGCAGAUGUGGAGACCAACCAGGACAACCUUAUGGCUGAGGCUUGUGACACUCCAGAGCGCCAGGAGGCAGUGCCUCAGAGCCUGGCAGACCGACAGGCGGAUACACUAGCUCCCCCAGAGCUCUGGGCUUGCCCUGUCCAAGGGGAACAUCUAGACAUGGUCCCAAUAUCCAGUGAACUGGGCAGCAGAAUGGAGGUGGAAUUUAGAACAGAACUCACUUCGUUGAUAUUGGGAACCGAACAAGCAGAAGAGAAGGAAAACAAUUCUCCAGACACCUCUGCUCAGACCAGAUUUUGGCCUUCCUGUGAAGAUCACCCUGCAGAGACCAGCCGGCCACAGGACUCUGAAAUUGGAACUGUCAGGCAGGGGGAAGAGCUACAGUCUAUGGGGGUGCAGGAAAUCCAAGGGAGAGAAGGGCUCAUGUGUCCCCAGGAGGCUGAGGGGCUGGAGGAGCAGGGACAAGAGGAAGUGGGAUUUCAGGGAGCAGGAAGUCUGGGGGAGGAUGUUUGGUCUGAUGGGCGUUUAGGGGAGCAGGAACACAUGGGACAGCAGGUUAAUGAUACAGAGGAAGAACAGAAGCAAAAACAGGAGCAGAUACAAGAUGAUGUGAUGCUUGCCAAACAAGGAGAAAGAGAUGGGCUUAAUGGGGGAUUGGGAAGUCUGAAUUAUGCUGAGUGGGAGAGGAGGACUCAGUGCCAGGGAGAUCUGGAACAGGGGAGACAGAGGCAGAGGGAGUGGAGGGGGCCAGAAGAAAGUAGAGUGGACACUCAGUAUGAGGAGAAUCAAAGCUUAGUGGGGAAAUCAGUGGAAGUAACUAAAAAGCAAGAAGACCAGGGUCUAUGGGGGACAUUGAUGCCAGUAGAGGCCCAGGAGGAGGAGGUGGGAUCAAGCAAGGAGGACCCAGGGAAUUGGGGUGGGGAUGCACUAGGGGGAGUGGGAGGAGAAAGGAAUCCAGAAGAGGGGGAAGAGCAUGAUGGUCCUUCCACAGUGGCACUGGUAGCCCCUGAGGUGUCUUCUCCCUGUGACUUGUUUCCGGACACCUGUUAUCCCAUGACCAGGAUUCCCAGGACUCAGACAGAGCCUAGGGCUGAGGAACUAUGCCCCAAAGCUCUGUCUCCUACACUGGAGCCAAUAGGAUGGUCCCACCAGCCCAUUUCUGUACCUAGCUCCUUUCCUGCUGGGGAGUCGCCUGACCAAGAAACAAGUCAAGACAGCCAGCAAGAAGGAUCCGAGCUGGGGAAGGGGACAGCAUCCAGCCGGGGGACUGAGGUGGCCUCUGCCAAGACCUCUGUGACUCCUCCAAGGACACCAGAUUCAGCACCUUCCAGUCCUACUGAAGUCUCCCCAAGCACCACUGCCUUAUCAUCUGCUAGCUCCUCAGUUGCCUUUCCCAGGAGGGAGCCCUCUCUUGCUGCAUGUUCACCAGAAACCUCCAGAGCCUCUCUCUCGACUGACAACCCGUCUCCCUGUGGGGCUUCCAAGACUCCGCUGGCUGCCUUCCAUGGCUUCCCAUCUGCAGAGGCUACCAUGGACCCAUGUGCCAGCUCCGACUGGGCCAGCCCUCAGAGCCCCCUAGCCAACUGCACAGGGGCUGUCCAACACCUAAGGAGCAACUCCUUCCCGGGCUCUCACAGGACAGAGCUGAUUCAAGACCUGGUGGGACUAUCAUUUUCCUUCUCCCAUUCAGAGUUACCCCAGAGGCCCCCCAAACCUGCCAUCUAUGGCUCUGUGAUCCCAAGAAGGAACAGGAGAAGUGGAAGGGACUGCAGCGUCUUUCCAGAAUCUUCUAGGUCAUUAUCCGCUCCAGGGCAGGACUCUCAAGAAUUCACCUCAAAUCCAGAGAGGCCCAGCAGUCCCCACAGCAGCCAGCCAUGGGGCUCCCCACGUAAUUCAGACUUAGCCCCAGGGUCUCUUGCCUGUGUCUCUUCUCCACCCCCAGUCUCCAUAGAUAUGAGGAUCCAUGAACCUCCACCCCCGCCUCCUCCAGAGAAGAGGCACGUCCACUCCUCCAUGGUGGAGAGAGAUGGCCGUCUCCAUGCAGUGGUCCCCACACUGAAGCAAUGUAGCCAUCAUCCUCCAUUAGCCCCAGGUUCAGAGCUACAUGGCCCCACCAAAGGCCCAAUUCCCCAAGUUCCUGAAUCCCUUGUGGCAAGGCAGCACCGACCUCUGCCCUCUACCCCAGACACUCCCCACCAUGCUCGGACCUCUUUCCCCCCAAGGCUGAGAUACAACAAGCCAUUACCCCCAACUCCUGACUCGUCCCAGCCCCACCACUCUUCCAUUUCUUCUUCGACUAGCCCAAGAGUCUACAGGCCUUUACCCCCUGUCCCUAUCAUGGAUUCUCCCACUGAACCACCCCCGUUACCCCCAAAGUCCAGGGGGAAAAGCAGGAGCACCAAGGGAGGACUCAUGAAUUCAGGGGUUCAAGCCAAGCCAAGGCCUAUUUGUCAAGAGUGGACCGUCUCCACUCCUCAUGUUGCUGGACGUACUUCCUGGCCCCCAGCCAUGGGCAGAUCAACAGAUUCUUUGGCUUCCACCAGUAGGAGUAAGAGUGAAAUGUCCCCUGGCAUGGCUUUCAGCAACAUGACAGCGCUUCUAACUCCCGGUUCCCCCAGCAGCCCCUGGCCUCUGGAGCCCCAGGGACCCACCUCUGAACCAGGGCUCUCAGAAGGGUCUGAGACCCCUGCCAGAGGAUCUUUGAGAAGAACAGCCCCUCAGGAAGGAGCCAAUGGCCUGAGGAGGUCAGAUGUAGGCCGAGCAUGGCAGCCAGAAAAACCUAGCCAUCCCCAUCUGGAGAAGGCGUCCAGCUGCCCCCACAGGCGGGACCCGGGAAGACCACAGGAAGGCAGCAGUGGACAGGCUGCAGUCCAUGAUGAGGGGUCAAAUAAGCACAAGGGCUGGAACCGGCAAGGCCUACGCAGACCUUCCAUCUUGCCCGAGGGCUCUUCAGAUAUAAGAGGUCCAGCCGUGGAAAGAUUCCCUGUCCUCUCAGACACCAUUGUUUUUCGGGAGAAAAAACCAAAGGAGCUGAUGGGAGGCUUCUCAAGGCGCCGCUCGAAGCUCAUCAACUCCUCUCAGCUGCUGUACCAGGAGUAUAGUGAUGUGGUUCUGAACAAGGAGAUUCAGAGCCAGCAGCGGCUGGACAGCCUGGCAGAGGCACCUGGGCCCGCCUCCCCCCGGCAGCCCCGAAAGGCCCUGGUCUCCUCAGAGUCUUACCUGCAGCGCCUCUCCAUGGCCUCCAGAGGCUCCCUCUGGCAGGAAAUCCCUGUGGUGCGCAAUAGCACCGUGCUGCUCUCCAUGACCCAUCAAGACCAAAAACUGCAAGAGGCCAAAUUUGAGCUGAUUGUGUCAGAAGCCUCAUACCUGCGCAGUCUGCAUAUAGCUGUGGAUCAUUUCCAACGUUCAGAGCAGCUCAAGGCCAUUCUUUCCAACCAGGAUCACCAAUGGCUCUUCUCUCGUUUACAGGAUGUGCGUGAUGUCAGCACCAUGUUCCUUUCAGACCUGGAGGAGAACUUCGAGAACAACAUCUUCACCUUCCAAGUGUGUGAUGUAGUCCUGAACCAUGCCCCCAACUUCCGCCGGGUCUACUUGCCUUAUGUCACCAACCAGACCUACCAGGAACGCACCUUCCAAACACUGCUGAAUACCAACAGCAGUUUCCGAGAGGUCCUGGAGAAGCUGGAGAGUGACCCCAUCUGCCAACGCCUUUCCCUCAAGUCCUUUCUGAUCCUGCCCUUCCAGCGCAUCACUCGUCUUAAACUGCUGCUCCAGAACAUUCUGAAGAGAACACAGCCUGGCUCUUCAGAGGAAGCUGAGGCCACGAAGGCACACCAUGCCCUGGAGGAGCUGAUCCGAGACUGCAAUAACAACGUCCAGAGCAUGCGACGGACCGAGGAGCUGAUCUACCUGAGCCAGAAGAUUGAGUUUGAGUGCAAAAUAUUCCCGCUCAUUUCACAGUCUCGCUGGCUGGUGAAGAGUGGAGAGCUGACAGCCCUCGAGUUCAGUGCCUCCCCAGGGCUGCGAAGGAAACUGAACACGCGUCCAAUCCACCUGCAUCUCUUCAAUGACUGUCUGUUGCUGUCUCGGCCCAGAGAGGGUAGCCGAUUCCUGGUAUUUGACCAUGCUCCCUUCUCCUCUAUCCGGGGGGAAAAGUGUGAAAUGAAGCUACAUGGACCUCACAAAAACCUCUUCCGACUCUUCCUGCGGCACAACACCCAGGGCAGCCAGGCUGAGUUCCUCUUCCGCACCGAGACUCAAAGUGAAAAGCUUCGAUGGAUCUCAGCUUUGGCCAUGCCAAGAGAGGAGUUGGACCUUCUAGAGUGUUAUGCCUCCCCACAAGUACAGUGCCUUCGAGCCUACCAUCCUCGAGAGAAUGACGAGUUGGCACUAGAGAAGGCUGACGUGGUGAUGGUGACUCAGCAAAGCAGUGAUGGCUGGCUGGAGGGCGUGAGACUCUCAGAUGGGGAGCGAGGCUGGUUCCCUCUGCAACAAGUGGAGUUCAUUUCCAACCCAGAGGUCCGUGCACGGAACCUGGAGGAGGCCCAGCGAGUCAAGACUGCCAAACUACAGCUGGUGGAACAGCAGACCUAGCUAUUCUCUGAGAGAAAUCCCCUGAGCUUAAGGGCAACACAAUCAUGGAGAGGGCUGGCCCCAGAACCCUGCAACAGAGGCCUUCUGUGGACCAAGAACUAGACCUUCUGAAAGCCCCAGGACAAAAUCCAGCUACCAGUGCUAGUCCCACGCCUCCUUUUUUGUGCUUUGUGCUUGGUGGGAGGAUUUUGAAGGACUUUGCACUGGUGUCUAGGAACCUUUUUCUCAUAGGAAAAGGGACAAAUGGGGCCUAAGCCAAGAAACUUUACUUCUACUACCAUGUAGUCCUUAAACAUUCUCUGCUUCGGACUGCAGAUUCAGAGCUGACCAGUUUCCAUCAUGGCCGUAUGUUAAACAGAAUCUGACCUCAGUCCACUGGAGGGAAAUGUUUAAGGGAAUUAACACAUCAGAUGGAAGGGUCAACCUUGUGACCCCUAAGGUAUCUUCCAACUUUGGAGAUUUUCCAUAAUUAUUGGUGUGAGGUCAGUGCAUAUAUCUCUGGGAUCUAUGUCUCUUGGUGGCGACGUGAGGGUACUACUCUCUCACUCUAAUAAACUUGGCACUUCUCCAAGCAUUUUCUUUUCAGACUCCUCAGCACUGAACAAGGUCAGAACACAGAAUCCCAUGAGGGUUUGGAUUUAGAUGUAAUGAGAGACCAAGAUGGUGCCUAGGUUAGGCAGAUGCUGACUCCUGCUUUAUGACUCCCGAGAGUUUGGGCAGCUUUUCUGCUUGUUAUGGCCUCAGAGGUUGUAGAAUGAAUUAGAAAGAAUUGAAGGAAGGCUAGUUUGGAUGGAUUUGGAAAUCUAGCUCAGACCAUUCAUAACUUUGUAUUCCGACCUGAAUUAUUGUGAAGGUAUCUUCCCAGCUAUUUCAUCCUCUUUGUAAAAGUCAGCAUAGUGUAAUGGAAAGAGUUCUAGAAUCCAAGUCAAGAAACCUCAACUCCAGUUACUGCACUGCCAUAAUUCAGCCUGUCUGUGUCUCAGGUUCCAUAAAUGUAAAAUGCAGGAUCGGACCAAGUAACCUCCCAAGUCCUAUCCGACUCUACAAUGUACGAUUCUCUCUCUCCUAUCAGAUUGCCCUGCUGAGUUGAAGAGCAUCACUCGUUACACCUUGUUCUCAUAUAGUGCCCUUAUACAGCAAUAGUGCUUUUAAGCUGGAUCAUUAUGGUCCUUGCCUGGACAUUCUAGUACUCCAUUUUAUCUUUAGGAGAGCUCAAGAGUACAAUUGCAUUGCAACUUUGUACAAAGGUAAGAAUAAUACUAUAAACUUGUCCUAUGCCCAAUUAACAAUGAUAUGACAUGAUAGUAUCACUUCCGAUGACACAUUUUAUUUUCAAUGCAUCCUAAAAUGUAAGUUAGCUUGCUUAAUUUUUAGAAAAGUUGUCACUAUAGUAAUUAAGAUGGAAGUAAUAUUAAUUUUACCUAAAUCGGUUGACCCUACUAAAAAAACUAAAAUAGGGAUAGUUUUAGAGAAGUUCAAUUGAGGUUUUUCACUAUUUUUGUAAAGCCAGCUUUCUAUUAUUAAUAUAUGAUAUAUUAAUAUGUAUAUGUUAUAAUGUAAACUAACAACUAGUUCUUCUUAAUAGCAAUAACCAUAAUUAUAAUCCAAAUUAUUUGUUCAAACCAGUAUUUGAAUACUGGCCAUAUGGCUCAAACAGAGCCAUAGUCAACCUUAUAUUUUCUAGGCAAAUUCUCCCUUAUCUUCCCAGAGAGAUAAAAUAUCAACUUCUGAAUGAUACGUAUGCAAGUAACUUUUUUAGUUGAAUGACUGCUUCUUUGCUUGAAGUUGCUAAGGCUUUCUGAGCACCUUUGAAGCUGACUUCCAUAAGACUAAAACUGUUUUUAGAUGUUUAAUAUGUAUUCGUUUAAUUGGGUGAUUCUCACCUCAUCUGGGAAAUUAAAAGACAAUUGGCUUCUA